CACACUUCCACCCUCUACCCUACCGCACUGACAGGCUCUACUCUUCCAAAGCUCACAACGACUCAUCAUGGCUGCAAAUAGAGCAGGACCGAGUCUAUCGGCAGGAAAUGAUGCAGAGAAGAGGGCAGAGCAGAGGAGGAUAGCGCAGCAGCAGCGAAGCCAAUGGGUCGGCUCUUCCUCCUCCGAAGAAGCUGAGGAAUCGGAACAAGAGGAAGAAGAAGAGGGCUACUCAACGGAAGCCUCAGACGACCUAGACCUCUUCGCCGCCUCCGCCUCAGCCGCCAUCGACCCAGAUGCUACCGCUGCCUCUGUCAUGGCAGACACGCAGGCUACCCAGCUCUCACCCCGAAUGGAGAACACCCUCGACCUGCUGGUAUGGUCCAUACCUCUUUCGGCACUCUUCGUGUUGCUUGACAUUAUGAUUCAGGACCAGUAUGCUAUGCAUCCUACUGCGCUGCAGGAGGUGGGAAGGAUGAUAGGUACAGUUCCCGUCUUGUUCGCGAUUGUCUGGUUCACCACUAUCCGGCCGUUUGCCUCGCCUCGGGUCAUGCAACCUCUUCUGUUCGCGACGGCAGUAGCGUGCGGGUGUGCCUUCUUGUGGACCUUCCACGAGGCUCCGUGGGAGCAAGUGAUCCGACAGACACCUCCUCUAGGCUCCCUGUGGAUCUACUGUAUUGUCAAGCUCGACCUCUUGCCAUGCGUGACCUCGCUAGGGGCAGUCGGAGCAUUCCUCUGGUGGACUGAUACGCCGAUGUGGUCAGCACGGACUAGAUAGGAGCCACUACUUCAGGCCGUAGAGUGAAGAUUUCGGACCUAUCUAAAUGCUAACAUGUACAGUACAAAUUUUGUGUCAAGUUCUGUCUGGUGGUAUCGGUCGCUAGCCUCGCCCUGCCCCCUCCUUACACUCUCACUCCUCCUACAGCCGCCGAGGUCCCUGCAGCUCCAGUGCUCGUGAGGGCAUCAAUCUUCUCUCUGACCUUUCUCAACUCCUUCUCGACAUCGAUCAGCCGUGUCCUCUCCCUCUCCAGUUCCCUGACCGCUUCAAUCCUGGCAAUAUCCAGUCGAUCUCCCUCUGCUUGA